UCGGCCACAUUGUAAAUAGACGCAGCGGCUCGCGGGGCCCAUGCCUCCACAGCCCCUUUAAACCCCUCCAGGCUCGGACGCUGCUUCGCUCGCUCGCUCGCUCGCGCGCUCGGUCGGUCGGUCGGCCCUCGUGCCCGGAACAUCGUUUUUCCUCGCUCGUUUUCGGCGGAUUCUCCAGGGGUCGCGGCGCCGCUCCAGCAUGUACCGGUCUCUGUACGCCUUCCGAUCCGCGGAGCCCAACUCGCUGCACUUCGCGGCCGGGGAGAGCUUCCUGAUCCUGGAGAGGAGCAACAAGCACUGGUGGCUGGGGUCCCGCUGCAGCUCCGGGGAGACCGGCUACAUCCCCGCCUCCUACAUCGAGAAGAUCCAGGCUCCAGAGCAGGACGAGGUGCUGCAGUCUAUCGACAGGGCCAUCGAGGGGAUCCACAACGUGGCCUUAAAGAACGGGGGCAAAUACAAUCUGGAGCAACGCGACGUCCUCCAGAAGCUGAUCCACCACAGAAAGGAAACUCUGGCUCGGCGGAGUUCCUCUUCCACCGGACACAAACAAGGCAUCCCGUCUUCCAGCAGUGAGAUCUCCCUCAGUCAGACCCCCCCGCCGCCCAAUGGCCUUAACCGAGACUACGGACGGCAGGGCAGCGUGCCGCUGUCCGGGAGCAUGGACAACAUGCAGGGAGAGCAGGGCUUCUACCAGGUGCCGCUUCAGACUCGGCGUUCCGCUCCGAUCACUCCGCCUCCCCCCGAAAAGCAGAGGAACAACCGGCGUCCAGAGCCGGAGGUCCCCUCCAGAGGCUCCUCUCUGCCCACGUCCCCCGCGCCCUCCCUGUCCAUCAGCACCACCUCCCUGGAGUCGGGCUCCUCCCACUCGCUGGUGUCGUCGGACGUCAGCCUGCCCAGCGUGUCCAGCACCCCUCCUCCCCCCGUGCCGAUCCGUGUGAAGCCCCCGGCCCCUCAUCUGGAAACGGCCCCCUGUGACUCCCCCCCUCAGCCAGCCCCGUCAAAGAAGAGCCCCGCUCCGCAGCCCCCCCGGCCCUCCCCCUCCCCCUCCCCCUCCCCCCUGCAGCCCGGUGCGGACGACCAGCCGGAGACCGAAUGGCCCGUUGCGCCGCCGUCUGUCGCCGAAACCCCUCCCGGCAGCCCCGCUCCCUCCGAGGCGGUUCCCAUGACGACCGGGGCCGAGCUGAUCGAGCUGGUGCGGAAGAACACGGGCCUGAGCUACGAGCUGUCGCGGGUCGCCGUGGGCGUGGUCGUCGGUCACCUGCAGGCCGCCGUGCCCCAGGCCUCCUCCGCCCUGGAGCAGGUGCUCGUCUCGCUGGUGGAGAGCAAGGAUCUGAGCGCGGCGCUGCCGCAGGGCCAGGUGUGUCACGACGAGCAGCGGCUGGAGGUAAUCUUCAGCGACCUGGCCCGCCACCGGGACGACUCCCAGCAGCGCAGCUGGGCUCUGCACGAAGACCACGCCCUCAUCGCCUGCUACCUGGAGGAGCUGCUGAAGAUACUGACCGACGCCGACCCGGAGGUGUGUAAGAGGAUGUGCAAAGCCAACGACUACGAGAACGUGAUGUCUCUGGUUUCGUAUUAUCAGAUGGAGCAUCGUGUGUCUCUGCGCCUGCUGCUGCUCAAAGUGUUUGGAGCCAUGUGCAGCCUGGACGCUGCCCUCAUCUCUGCUCUCCUCAACUGCAUCCUGCCCAUGGAGCUGGCCAGAGACCUCCAGACCGACACACAAGAGCACCAGAAGAUGUGUUACACGGCUCUUGUACUGACUAUGAUAUUUUCAAUGGGCGAGCAGGUGCCAUAUCACCACUACGAACACUUGAAUGCUGAAUUCGUUCAGUUCUUGCUGGAUGUGGUGGAGGACGGACUUCCCUCCGAUCCCACUGAGCAGCUGCCCGACAUCUUCCUCAACCUCCUGCUGUCAUUCAAUCUGCACCACACAGCGCCGAGCAGCAAUGCAAUCAUGCAGGAGCUGCAGAAGAAAAACGUCAAGAUCUUGUCGGAGAAAGUGCUUCUCCUUCUGAACAGAGGAGACGACCCGGUGUGCAUGUUCAAACACACCCCGCCGGCGCCGCACUCCGUGCUCAAGUUUCUUCAGGACGUCUUCGCCAGCCGAGAGACCGCAAACAUCUUCUACCGCACCGACAUGAUGGUGAUGAUCGACAUCGCCGUUCGACAGAUAUCCGACCUUUCUCCUGGAGACAAGCUGCGGAUGGAGUAUCUCUCUCUCAUGCACUCCAUCAUACGCUCGACGGACUACCUCGAGCACCGGCACCGCCUGUCCGACUUGCAGGGGGCGCUGCAGAGGAUUCUCAGGGAGGAGGAAGACCCAGGAGAGGAUGAAGGCAGUGCGACGGCGAAGCAGAUGGAUAAGCUAAUCGUAGAGCAGAUCUACAAGGAGUUCCCACAGAUCCGUGAGAGCCAGGACUAACCAUAUCAGUAUCAUUGCCCACACACUGUAGUCUGCUCCGGGCCACGUCAGGGAGGUACGGUCUGUCCUCCGGGGCAGAGGGAGGCACUUUUGUUCCUGUUUUCUUGAAAGCAUGUAAAGCUGAUGAGAAAACCUCUGAUCAUCUCAAAAGAGCUUUCUAAGAAUAAUGAGUGGGUUGUUUCUUUGGUGUGUUUAAGAGGAGACAAAAACCCAGUAAACCCACCAAAAAAAAAAAAAAAAAAAGUAAAACAAGUCCUGCAAAGUCUGUUACACUUGUAAAUGCAAAAAUAGCCAAAAAUACAGGCCGGAUUUCUGAG